GCAGUCCACCGCCGAUCGCGGCACCGACCACACGCCUCCUCACAAGCGCAAACCAAAAUAAUAAAAACCAACAUUCUCACUAAAACAUCACAAAAACAAACCCCCAAAUUAAACCCACGCGAUAAAAAGUAGCGCCUGAGUGACUAAUAUAGCAACUCGGCAAGUUACACGCGUAGUUGAAUCUGCUACUCUCAAAGCAACAGGCGCUUGUGUAAAUAAUAAACUUUACGCUCGACUUUGAAGGCUCAUCUUAGCAUUAACCGUUGUUAAUAAUUCUACUGUGUUGUCUGUUCUACAUAAAUGUUUUCAGCUAAAUUUCAUAUCCUUUGUCUUGUGUAAGCAGUGGUAGUGAAAUAUAAUGAUGGGAUAUAUUGUGUGGAAGUAUCACUGGAAAAUAAUGUGGAUGUCUUUUAACAAGUAAAGGCGCAGACGAUGCUGAGUCCGAAGAUGCAGCGCGCCGUGCGCGUCAACGACGGCCAGCUGGUCGCGCUGUCCGACCGCGCGCAGUACGACCACUCGCAGGCCGGGUAUUUACACAAACGAAGCUCAGACAACACGAAAUGGCAGCUGCGGUGGUUCAUACUGUAUCAGAACAUGUUGUUCUACUACGAGUCGGAGAACAGCGGGCGUCCCACCGGCGUGCUGCUGCUGGAGGGGUCCUACUGCGAGCGCGUCAGCAACAAGCCCAUGGAGCGGAACUCUUCUAACUGCUUCAUGAUCUCGUACCGGCGCGAGAGCCUGCGCCAGUACGAGCUGCGCGCCGCCUCCGAGGCCGACUGCCUGCACUGGGUCGACUCCAUCCGGGAGGCCAGCUUCAACAAGGUGCUUCUCCAGAAGGAGGAGCUGGAGCAGAAGCAGCUGCACCUGCUGCAGGUGGUGGAGAGCGAGCGCACGUCGCGCUGGCAGUACGCGCAGCAGUGCGACGAGCUCACGCACGAGCUCAAGCAGCUAAGGGUCGAGUUAUGCACCUACAAGAAGGAGCACGCGGAACCAGCCACCCGCAGCGCGUCGACCACCAGCUCCUCCCCUUCCAACACUCCCGAGGUGGACCCCGCUGAGCUCAGGAAGAUCAAGAAGGUGCAGAGCUUCUUCCGCGGCUGGCUGUGCCGGCGCCGGUGGAAGCAGAUCGUGGACCAGUAUAUCAAGAGCCCUCAUGCUGAAAGUAUGAGGAAGAGGAAUAGCCUUGUCUUCAGAAUGGUUGAAGCUGAGGAAGAAUAUCUGGAGCAAAUGGAAAUUCUGGUGACCUGUUUCCUGCGGCCAUUCAAGAUGGUAGCGAGUUCCAAGAAGCCCCCCUGCACGCACGAGGAUGUCAACUCCAUAUUCCUGAACAGCGAGACGGUGUUGUUCCUGCACCAGAUCUUCUUCAAGGGCCUCACGUCACGCAUGGAGUCUUGGCCUACGCUGGUCCUAGGAGACCUAUUCGACAUGCUGCUCCCGAUGUUAACCAUCUACCAAGAGUACGUCCGCAACCACCACUACUCGCUGCAAGUGCUGACGGAGUGCAAGCAGAGCGCUCCCUUCGCGCAGCUCCUGGCGAGAUUGGAGAGCAAGACCGCCUGCCAGGGACGCUCGCUCGAGACCUUCUUGACUUACCCCAUGCAUCAGAUCCCGCGCUACAUCAUCACUCUGCACGAGCUGCUGGCGCACACGCCGCACGACCACGUGGAGCGCCGCAGCCUGCAGCACGCGCGCGCGCAGCUCGAGGAGCUCUCCCGCCAGAUGCACGACGAGGUCAGUGAAACUGAAAAUCUGCGGAAAAACCUUGAAGUGGAGCGAAUGAUCAUAGAAGGCUGCGAUAUCCUACUCGAUGUCAACCAAGUCUUCAUCAGACAAGGAACCCUAUCCCAAGUGGUGGGCAAAGGCCGGCGAGCCAACCUGCAGGCGCGUCAGGCCUUCCUAUUCAGCAACCACCUCCUCCUCACCACCAGGGCUACUGGUGGCCGCCUGCACUUGCCGCCCAGUGGGAGGCUGCCGCUGCACGACGCACUGCUGGUUGAAGACCCGUCUAGUCAUGAUGAGGAUGACUCGAACUCCGUCGCGUCGUCGCCGGGCGGGGAGCAGUACCAGGGGAAGGACUUCAAGAUACUGGUGGAGGUGAAGGGAGAACAGAUCUGUGCUCAUCUGGUGGCAGCAACAAUCGAAGAGAAAGCCGCCUGGACCAGCGAGCUAGCGCAAUGCAUGGAGAGCGCCGCUUUAACCGAACUCCUUCGCGCUUGCGGCUCCUGCGGGGCUGCUUCAGCCAGCAUGCCGGCCUGUCGCUCCGACCGGGCUCUGUUCACUGAUGACGUGGACAUACGGUUCAGCAGGACCCUCAACUCUUGUAAAGUUCCGCAGAUCAGGUCGGCGACGCCGGCUAGGUUGCUGCAGAGGCUUACUGACCUGCGCUUCCUGUCCGUGGACUUCCUCAACACGUUCCUACUCACGUACCGCGUGUUCACCACCGGCGUCACCGUGCUCGAGGCUCUGCAGCAGGUGUUCUACGAGCAGUCCCAGCAGGAGAUGGAGCUGUCCCUGCCCCCAACGGACGCCAACCGGAAGGCGAGCGGCGCUAGCGAGGUGUCAGGUUACGGAUCAGAAUACAGCGAAAGAGACUGGCAAGCUAGAUUUUGGAGGACUUCAAGGAAAAGUGAAGAUGAAGACAAAUUGUCCCCAUAUGUGAUUCCUCCAUCCCGUCGUACUUCAUCAGUAAAGAUGGAAGAAGAUAGCAGCCACUUGACAAUACCAAAGAUAAUGGCCACAUCUUCUAGCAAUGAGACUUUGAAAGGUGCUGCCCCAUCAUCUCCCGGGGCCAUCAGUUCCGUUACCUUGGUCGGAAGUCCAAAGAAAGUCAGUCCUAAUGAAGAUCCUAAAAAAGAUGAUACAACAAUCCCUAAAGACAAUGAUGUAGCAGCUGGCAUUACGAAAGAAGAAAGCAUUGAGGUAGUGGAACAUUCCGAUGAAGAAGUCAAAGAGAAGUACAAGGAGGAAGUGAAAGAAAAGGAUCCCAAGUACAAAAUCGAUGAUAAAUUCAAAAUAUCGCAGCGCUUCUCCGAGGUCUGCAAUCGGGUGCGAACACUGACCGACAGUCCACGUCGCCUGCAGCCAUCGUCUGCCGCCGCCGAAGCACGACGCAGGUCUGACGGCAACCGCGACAUUCUGGGGAAACCUGCCGUUGUCUUGAACGAGCCCAGGCGAGCCUCCGACCCCUUGGGGCCGGGCACCCGGUAUGGGCAUAGACGUUCUGUCAGUGAAAGGAGGUUCACCAAUGCAUCGAUCAAUAGCGAGCGUCGUCGCAACUGGGGGUGUGGGUCUGAGCCCCGGUCAUCGGUCACAUCCCAGGUCUCACAAGUGCAGAACUACCGCAGAGAAACCAGUCAACCGAAGGCAGGCGUCGUCAUCACAUCGUUCCGCCAAUCACACAGGAGCUUUGGAAAAGACUUGUGGAGCAGCACAUCUACUGCUGCAGCCGCCUUCGCCGUGGCCACAUCAGCCUCGUCCAACCCUCGGUCGCCGCCCGCCACGUCUCCCCCUCAGAACCGACGGGACUCCGUCAUAUCUACGGCUGCUACUAUGAGGGUCUUGAACGUUUUGAGACACUGGAUUUCCAAGCAUUCCUGUGACUUCUGGACCGAUGAGCGUUUGAGGGGUCUCACUAUGGACUUCCUGAAGGAAAUAGAAGCUAGCCCAGGGUUGCUACCGGCCGAGCACAAGGCUGCCUCGCAAUUAUUGCGCCUGUUGGAGCGACCCCCUGAUAGGACUUCUAUUGACUUAAAAGCGAUGUUUGCUGAUCCUCGCGUGCCAACAAAAGAAAGCAUUGAGACACUGUCAGCGUUAGAGAUUGCUGAGCAAAUGACAUACCUGGACUACCAAAUAUUCUAUUGUAUUCGCAGCGAGGAGUUCCUUGGGCAAGCAUGGAACAAGGCGGACAAGGCGGACCGAGCGCCGCACAUCCUGAUGAUGACCGCCCACUUCAACCACAUCUCCAACUUGGUCAUCUCGGAAAUAUUGAAGAAAUAUACUUUGGCUGGUCGUGUGGCCGCCAUAGAGAAGUGGGCAGCGGUGGCUGACAUCGCCCGUUGCCUCCACAACUUCAACGGAGUCUUGCAAAUCUGCGCUGCGCUCUCCAACACCUCGGUCUACCGGCUCAAGAAGACUUGGGACAAAGUUUCCAAAACGAGCAAACAAACGAUUGAAAAGAUGCAGACAAUUAUUUCGUCAGAGUGCCGGUUCAGGAUUUUGAGGGAUGCUUUACACCGGUGCGACCCACCAUGCAUCCCAUAUUUGGGGAUGUACCUGUCUGAUCUCUCGUUCAUCGAAGAGGGUACCUCUAAUUACACUCCGGAUGGUCUGCUCAACUUCUCCAAGAUGAGAAUGAUCGCACAUGUGAUCCGGGAAAUAAGGAAUUUCCAGCAGACUCCAUACAAGAUUGAUCACAUUCCAAAGGUAUGCGACUUCCUGCUCGACAAAUCCCUAGUCAUCCCAGAAGAGCGUCAAUACACCCUUUCCCUCGAGAUCGAGCCGCGCCAGCCGCGUACCUCCAACGCGGGGCUUCCGUGCCCGCCGCCCGCGCGCGCCUCGCCCGCCUCCUAGCGCCGGCGCCGCGCGUCCCUCGCCGCGCUCGCCCCGCUGCGCGCCGACCGCUAGACGCGCGUCACA